AUGAAAAAUUUAAGAGAGCUUGAGAAAAAGAGAUCAACUAAAGAUAUCCUUUAUGAAGCACUUUCGAAUUUGUUUCUUUUAAUGUUCCUAAAAGAUAGUGAACGAAAUAGAGAGAGGGUUUACUAUGUUGGACUAGUUUCUAUUUACUUUUCCUAAAUCGCUGGUUUUAUUAUCACUGCAAGUCAAAUUACUGUUACUGAUGAUUACUUGAAAUACUUGUUCGAGCUUUGCUAGUCAGUAAGGAUAACUUAUCUACUUAGGUCACUUGAUUCUGGGAUCCUAGUUGGAGUAAUAUUGUUCUGUUUAUGCAUAUAUGAGGUUACCUUAAUAUUAUUUAACCUAAAUUUAAGCUUCGCAAACAUAAAAGAUGAUGUUGAUAUAUUGAAAACACAAGCAAACUAAAUUGGUGCUGUAUAGCUUUAUUAUGAACAUUAAAAGUGGCUCUACUGUUUACCCAAGUUAGAUUUAAUUUUUAGCGUUUUAUUUUGUGAUGGAAGCAGCCACCCAUAAAGAUGUAGUUUAUCUAUGGUAAAUCCAAGCAACUAAGGCAUGAUUUUCUACUUCAAUAUAGUGUGCUCCAUCAUCUUAUUGAUGACAACAAUAAUUUUGAAUUUAAUUGUCGUUCUAAUUUAUCAUAAUCCAGAACUAAGCAGUGUAAAUUAGCUAAAAUCUAGGUACAGCUAAUUUAAGCAGAUAGAACCCUUACUCGAAAUUGGAUUAGUUCUGCUUACUUAUUUAGGCAGCCCAAUUAUAAUAUACUCAUUUGGAUAGAUGUUUGGUCUUUUUUUACUAGUUGAAUAUUUCUAUCAUUUCCCACUCAUGGAUAAAAAUAUAUCUGAUAUUUAUGGAUGGAUGGUAAUCGUUUAUCAGACAUAUGCCUCAAUGCUUCUUUUUAGAGAAUACACAACUAGCAUAAAAGAUGCAAACUUCCCAAUUAUUUUCUUGCUCAUUAUUUCUAUAUUGUAUGGUAUACUCAAAACUUUUUGGAAUAACAAGAUUAUCUUUGCAAUGACAGUUGAUCCAAAUAGACUUGGCGAUUUCCCUUAGGCUUCUUGCUUAUACCUUGAAAAACUUUGUGAACAAUUUGAGUAAUGCUUAACAACACUUUCCAGCAAGCUUAUCCUCUUUGGCUCGCUUUAACUACACAAGAAUAAUUGCAGGGAUACUAUUUGUCCUUGCAAAGAUACUUAAUUUAAUGAGUUAGCUGGUGAAGAAAGACCAACUAUCUCUGGAGGAAUGAUCAUCGAUUUAGGAAAAGACAUUAAAAUAAAGGGAGUUGAUUUUGCUAGAAUUUGUGAUGAGUAAGUUGUAUUUGAAAAGUGGUUCAUGCUCUUCAUCGAUUACUAAUUUGAGGUUUUGAUCAGCCACCUAGUUAAAAAAGGUCAAGAAGUUAUUGUUCAAGAGGUGUGCUUGAGAUAUUGGUUUUUUUUGAUUAAAUUUAAAAAGAAUUAAAUUAAAGCACUCUACUAGAAUAAAGUUAUGAACCAAAUGCUGAAGAGAAAAGACAGCUUUUUCUAAACUGUAGAAAGAAGUUUAACUAAUUUAAUAGAAAGUAAGAUUAAAGAAAAAGACAAAGCACAUUUCUAUUCUUACAGCCAAAAAGAUAGAUAAGAUGCUAUGAAUAACAUUAAAUUUGAUAAAAUGGUGUAAUCAGAAACAGAAAAAGAUAGAAUAAAAAAAAUAUUAGGCAAUUUGAUUGUUGAAAAAUGUAUAUUUAUGGACGAAAUGGUAAAGGGCUUUAAAUCUUUGGAGGAGAUGCGUCAAAAGAUUAUUAAUUUUUUAUUUUUAGUAGAAUAUUUUGAAUAGAUUUUAAAAGAAUAAAUGAACUUAAAUAAGCAAAACAUAUAUUUUCUCAAGUUCAGUUCAUUGCUAAAGGCUUACAUAUUAUUUGAUCCAAUCAAUUGUAGGGAUACAGAGGCUGCAGUUGAAGAAAUUAUCAAUAGAGAAAGGUCAGUUGAUUAAACAACUACUAUCACAAGCUUAAGUAUUCUGUAAGGUAAUGUUGGGAGCAUUAUUGCCAGUUUUAAAAAUGUCAAAGAAAAUGGAAAGAUUUUAAAAUUCUCUGAAAAAAUUCCCUAAAUAUUCAAAUACAACAAAGGAGAAUUCAUAACUAAGGAAAGUGUGACUGACUUAAUACCAGAUUGUAUUGGAAGGUUGCAUGAUUAGUUUUUAAUGAGGCUUAUUAGCACAGGUGUAGCUAAAACAGUAAGAAACUAUAGGACGAUGUUUGCAAAAGAUAAAAUGGGUUAUAUAUUCAGAGUUAAACUUUUUAUCAAUUUCUAUUUUAUCAAGCAGGAUGAUUUUGCUUUCAGCUCACUAGUUAUUAACUGCCCUUCAAAUGAUAUGUAUGUCUUACUCAAUUCUAAAGGAUACAUAGAAGGAAUGAGUGAGAGUUUUGCGCAUUUAAUUUAAGGAGAGAAAGUUGAAAGCAUGUAUUUCAAAAAGCUUAACAUAUCUGCACUUAUUCCUUAAUUCAUUGAGUUCAUGCAAGAAUUCAACAUGAAAGAGGAAUACUCGUUCCUAAAAUUCAAGUUAGAUGUGCCAAAAGAUAUGAAUAAACUGAUUCAGACUUUUAUUCUCCAUCAUUCUAAUUACUACAGCUCUUAAUAAACCUCAGAAAGGGGGAAAGAAAAUUAAAGUAGAAGUGAAAUCAAAAAGCCGAUUAAAAACAACACUGAAUGGAAAAAUAAUGUUUAAUCCUUUCUAAAUUCAAGAGUUUAGCAAAAACUAUGUAGCUACGAAAUUACUUUAAAUAUAAGACAUGAAUUAUUUUAAGAUAAUGGAGAAGACGUUUUGAUCUAUAUUUUAGAAAUUCAAUCAUAUGUUAACUGGGAUGAUUUAUUAUAAUCAGAGUUUUCAAACAGUACUGGAGGAAGGUCAAAACAUUCUUAAAAAGUUUUACAGAGCGAUAAAACUAAGCAGGAUAACUUAAACUAUUAAAUCACUCAUUAAGAAACUAUGGCAAAUUAAUUGAUAGGACAACUUAAUACUCAACAUAGUCAAAAUGAUAAUAUAAACCUAUUGAAUACGGAUUAAUACAUUGAUUUAAAGCAAGAUAAAGAGAUUUAAGGAUAGAAAAGUGCAUAGAUUGAUAGCUGCGAUAAUUUAGACAAACAGAAUCCGAAUUUUAAGUCUACUGUCUUGUAACCUAAACUACAAAACUAUGCCAACUUAGAUGACUCAAAUAUGCCUAUUUUAGACAAUAAAAAACUAGAGGAGAAUAUGCUAGAUACUAAUGCAAUUAAUAAUACCUUGAUGAUGACAACAUAAUAAUACGAAGAUGAAAAAGAAUUAGUUGCUUAGUUGAAUAAAUCAAAAACAAUGAAGUAUACCAAAGUCGAAGAUACCACUAAAUACGAUUUUUCAUAAACUAAUUAAGCUUGUUAAGAUUAGGAUAAUUAAGAAACAGGAUUGCACCUCAGUUAAGAAUAGCAGAAGUUAGAAUCAGAAAAAUAGAAAAAAGAAGAUGAUAGUUCUCAAGGCCAUGAUUCUAAAAAUAACGGAAAAGAAUCAAUAUCUGUAUUUGAUGAUGCUAAAAAAGAAAUUGGAAAUGACCUAAUUAAACAGAUGGGGAGAAAAAACGAACUACCAUUUGAUUAGGGUUCUAAGUCUUCUAUGCAAUCUUCAUCUUCAAGCAUUGUAAAACAUAUCAUUGAUAACACCACAAGCAAGUCUACUCCACCUUUCUUGGUUAUACUUUAUGGAGUUUUUAUAUUUUAAUUUUUUGUAUUCAUAACUGUAGUUAUAGUGCUGUCAGUUACUAUUUCUAACUCCUUUAACAGUUAUACUUAAGCAUUAAAUAGGAUGGGAAGUUCAUCAAAAAUGCUUAUUCCUAUAAACUAAGCUAUGAUUACUUCAGAUAUAACUUCUCUUAAAAAUAUGGAUCAGUUGAAUCCUGUUCCUUCUGUUGAUUAUAUGACUGUUAUGGAAGAAGUAACUCGAAGUGGAUAUUAGUAGUAUUCUGAUAACUUAUUUAAUUUCUUAGACUUAUAAGUUUAAUAUUAGUACUAAAAAAUUGUUUUUAACAUGAUUAUGGAUGUUUCUUUGAUGUCUUUUAGAUAAAAAUUGGUUUCUCGCUCAUAUUUUACAGAGUACUUAAAAUCAGCAGGCACUUCGCUAUUUAACUUAAACAGAAAUGACUAAUAAAACUAAAUUACGGUUUUUAUGGAAGAAAAAUAUCUUCUUGUCAACAAUCUAAAUUGUACAUAGUCUUAUCUUCUUGUAUCAAUGCAAAGCAUUAGCGAUGAUCUUGGUACCCUUUAAUCAAGUAUUAUAGUAGUUAAUACUUAUAGUAUAGUAUUAGCUAUUGUUCUAAUCAUUCUAUCCUUUGGAUUCAUUAUUCCAUCUUAUAAUAAUUUAAAAUUUAAAUCUGAAAGAAUUUUAAUGAUUGUAAGUCGUUUAAAACAAGAAGAGACAACUGAUAUUAUAUUCCAUUUAAAGGCAAUAUAAGCCAAGCUCUUUUCAGAUGAUGAUGAGUAUCUUCACAUAGAUUUCUCCAAUUUUGCUCUUAGAGAGGAAAAUGAGCUUGAACAAUCACAAAGAGCAAACAAAAAGAAAAAUAAACAAAGAUAGAACUAUUUAUAUGAUAGAAUAUUUGAUAAUAAACUCAAGUUUUGGUCUUUCAUAAUCAUCCUCAUCUUCCUUUGUCUUCUUUCCGUUUUGUUUUUCUUGAUAAUUUUUAUCUACUUGAAUCAGUUUGAAUCUAUAUUUGGUACUCCUGCUAAUUAGUAUAAAUAGUUUAUAUAAGGCUCGAUGUAAUUCACUACAGCAUCAAGUAGUCAUAACUCAAUUUUACUUAAUAGUCUGCUAAAAGAAAAUAAUAUAGAGUAUUUAACAGAUGAAAAACUUAAUGAGCUUAUUGAAUUGAGAGCUCAAUCGCUGUUGUAAAGUUAGCAGUAUUUUUCUUAGUAAUUUGUAUUACUUCAGUAGCAUGGAAGUACCAGCAAUUUUUAAAACAUGAUUGUGAAAGUGAGCUAAUAAAAUAUAUGUGAACAAAAUAUUCUAGACUAAAAGUAUAUAGAAUACUGUUAGUCGGCUCUUCAAGGAAUACUCACAUAAGGGCUACAACCAACUGUUUCAACUAUAAUUCAAAAGAUCCAAAAUGAGAUGAAUAUUGAUAAGAAUUUUAAUAAAUUCAUUUAAAGCCAAGAGUAUCAAGAUGGUAUCAUUGUUCAAUAACUCUUAACUAACGUAAUGACUUACGUCGUAGUCUAGUUUGAAAAUCAAAACGUAAAUAUCAAAAAUGACUAUCUCAAUAUUCUUCUGCUGAUUCUAACAUUAGGAAGUUUAGUUUACGUUUUAAUUUUCUUUAUAGUGAUAGCUAUAUAUCUCAAUAAACUUAAGAGAGAGUAUCUUGUUAUUAAGAAAGCUAUUUAACUUGUCCCAUACAGGAGACUAACCGAAGAUUCAAUGACUUUGUUCCUUCUCAAAAAGGUUAUGGAUGUUUGA